AUGAAAGCUGCUGCCAUUCUCUCCCUCCUCCCCCUCCUCGCCCAGGCGUCUGCCAUCGGCGAGAGAGAUGCCGAGGCCAACGCCAAGCCCGUCAACACCAACCUCGAAGCCCAGGGCAACCAGCUCCUGGGUUCCAUGGGCAAUGACCAGGUGGACGCCGCUGCCACCUGCCCCCCUAGCUUCCCGCUCUACUGCCCGCGCUACGGCUGGUGCUGCCCGCGCUACGCGGUCGGCUGCUGCCCCCGGUCCUGCUGCGGCCCGGGAACCAGGUACUGCGGUAACGACGGCAACUGCUACAGAUAA